UGUCCGCACCACAAACCUAAAUCCUAAAAGCGGCGAUCUCCGAUCUACUCGCAUGGCCGAAACCCUCCUCAUCUCUCUCAACGCCCUCGCCGUUAGCAAGAACGAAGCCGACGACAGAGGGCUCGUGGAUGCUGUCGCUGCCGAUGGCACCGUCCUCCCCGUUGGUGAGAAAGAAGCCAACGACAGAGAGCCCGAUGAUGCUGUCGCUGCCGACGGCACCGUCCUCCUCGUUGGUGAGAAAGAAGAGAACGAAAAAGGGUUCGCAGAUGUUGUCGCUGCCGACGGAGAGGAAGCGAACCCCGAUAGGGACACCGCCUCCGCGUCUGGAGACCGCGCUGCCAUCGUUAAACUCGUACCAGAGGAUUUUAUCCGUGAGUUAAUGCUAAUCGUGACCAUAUUCACUAGAGUUGACUGCCUCGAGGAAAACUUCCGCAUCAUGAAGGAGGACGCAUCCGCCAUCAAGUUGAUUGUGUUGGAGCGCAAUAAAAAGCUCAGCUGCUUCCUCGAGCACCUUGAAGAUAAAUUGAAGAGCAUGACCAGUAAAUUCGACCAAUUCGAAGACAAAUUAAAGAUAGUGACCGAGAACCUCGAAGAUAAAUUAGAGAUCAUGACCAGUAAAAUCGAGAAUAGUCUCAAACAAGCCAAACCAUCUGGCAGCCAAUUUUGUUUCUGUUUGGACCAUGCUUGGUUGAAGAUAAUACUGAAGGCUUGCUUGAAACUUUCAGAGAAGACCAUAAGGAUAUUUUAAUUUUCUGUUUACAUGAAGAAUUGCACAAUUAUAGCUAGAAUCUACAGUAGGAAGUUUAAUAGUUUUUAUAAUAUUCAGUGCA